AUGAAGAGCAACAAUGAAAAACAACACGAUGGCGAUUCGGAAGGAACGCCUCUUUUGCAGCAGCAAAACCAGCCACCACAGCAGGACACAACAGUGCCAAACUACAACUACAACUACAACUACAACAAUGCGUACCCUCAACCCAUACCUGGACAAGUCCCGGUAGCACCUCAAAUGCCAGUGACAAUGCCGAUGAAUCCAAGCAUGAAUCCAAACAUGAACUUAAACGGCAAUGAUCCUAAUUCAAUGGCAGUCUUUGCGACACUUGCAGCGCAAUAUGAGCAAGCUGGAUACAAUCCCUCUGAUGCUGCGGCGGCAGCUGCUUCCAUGACUGCCUAUCAGCAACAACAGCAACAAAUCUACGGUGCUACUUCCGCAUUUGGAUACCCGACUCAUGCGCAAGCACCGAUGUAUUAUUCCUCGCAAGCGCAGCAAACACAACAAGCACAGCAAACACAGCAAACACACCAAUAUCAAGGCAUGGCAGCACCAUCAACCAAUCCAUUACCACCAGGGCCCCCUGUUCCUUCACCCUUGUCACCCCAAGCCGCUGCUACUUCCUCACGUCCGCCAAGGUCGUCUAGAAGGGCUUCGUCUCCAAUACUCACGGAAACUAAUGGAAAUGGAAAUGGAAACAAUUCUAGCUCCCUUCCGCCUUUGCAAGAUAUCUUCAGCAACAACAACAGCGGCAACAACGGCAACAACGAUUCCGUCACAAGCUUCAACAGUGCCAGCAACAACAACAGCAACAACUCCAACUAUGGAUCGAUUGCCCAAAACAAUUCCCCGAUUUGGAGUGCUCCUCCGCUUUCCACACCCCCCAACACUUCUGCGAGUGGAGGUGCCAAAAGAGUCAAGCCAGUAUUGAUACGCACCUCCUCGAGCGGGGCCAUUGCUCGUCUGCAAAACUCGCCCAAUCCAGCUGGACGCCGGAAGCACCGUCGGAGCAGUUCAGAUAUGCCUGCCAAUAGUCAUAGACGGAAUGGCUCUGUGGAGUCUCCACUCCUUCUCCCACCGAGUGGCAGUGGUCAUCGACGCGCUGGAUCCUUUGGAGGUGCAACUGGGAGUGGAAGUAGUGUUAUCUCGGGAGGCAAUCGACAAAGAGCCAUGUCCUCGGGAUCGAAUUCCCGUCCGCGAAGAGGAAGUGGUCAUCGCCGGACUGCUUCAUCGGGAAGUGUGGGAACUUUUGCUUCUCAGGUCAGUACGACUAGUGUACGAUCCAAUAUUGUCAAAUCGAGCAUGUUUGGUGGCUUUGAUGCGCAUACGGGGCAAGUGCAAAUGCAUUUCCCCUUUGAAGCCGUACGAUUGGUCUUUGUGGACGACGAGGAAGAUCCCAAUUUUGCCAAACAGAAUAAACGAGCGAAACAACCUCCACCCCCUGUCGAUCCGCAUUCAAUGCUGACUCAGGGACACUUGUACAUGGAAGGACGGGCAUCCGAUUAUGACGAUUUUGAGGAUUAUACUGACAUCACCAACGCCAUCGAAGAGGGACUGACUCCUCAAUGGGAGACACUGGAUCGGGUACCGACAAAUGAGAACAACAACUUGGACAUGAAUUCCAUCCUCAAACCACCAAACUACGUCUUACCUGUGAGUGCCAAGGUCUACAAGCGCUUGGUGGGAGAAAUUUCCGAUGCCCAUUAUAUGCCUUGUGGAUUGUUCUUUUGUGGACACCACGAGGACGUUGCCCAUCCUAGCAUUACCAUUGCUCUGGUCAUUGUCAUUUUGCUUUUCGGUUUCAUGGCCUACGUGGCUUUUUUCAUUGAAGGGAGUUGA